AAAACUCAGUGGAAAUUUCCAGUGCCUUUACUCGCAAGUAUAUCAGCAGCGUGACGGGCGACUGAAGGACAGAAAAGCUGAAAAAAAACCCAAAACAAACACACGAAAAACAGCCUAAACAACCCAACUUUUCGCUUACUAUAUUAAUAGAACCAAUCAGAAUCUAUUGCGUUUUGCGCAUCUUCUUGACUUCCUAAUCAUCAUGUCUCAACAGCAGAUCAGUCUCCCAGCUAAGCUCAUCAAUGGGGGUAUUGCAGGCAUUGUUGGUGUCACUUGUGUCUUUCCCAUUGAUUUGGCAAAAACCAGGUUACAAAAUCAAAGAGCGGGCAAGCAGGUGUAUAAGAGCAUGAUGGAUUGUCUUGUGAAAACUGUCCGAACUGAAGGCUACUUUGGAAUGUACAGAGGUGCUGCUGUCAACCUUACUCUUGUCACUCCUGAAAAGGCCAUCAAACUGGCUGCCAAUGACUUCUUCCGUCAUCACCUUGCCAGUGGCGGAAAGGGACUGACUGUGUUUAAAGAGAUGAUGGCGGGGUGUGGAGCGGGCAUGUGCCAGGUUAUUGUUACCACUCCAAUGGAGAUGCUGAAGAUACAGUUGCAGGAUGCUGGCAGAAUUGCUGCCCAGCAACAAAAGCCUGUGAUGAUGGCUCCAACUAAGCUUGGGACCACAAACACCCUUCUUAGUCGCUCCUAUAACUCUGGCACCGUGGUGACAGCUCCACGUGCCUUGUCUGCAACACAGAUUGCUAAAGAACUGCUGCAGACUCAAGGCAUCCAGGGGCUCUACAAAGGACUGGGGGCAACACUCAUGAGGGAUGUCCCAUUUUCUGUUGUGUAUUUCCCCCUCUUUGCCAACUUGAAUCGGCUGGGGAAGUCCAGUACAGAGGAGUCUUCUCCAUUUUACUGGGCCUUCCUGUCUGGCUGCGCAGCUGGGUCUUGUGCUGCUGUGGCUGUCAAUCCUUGUGAUGUGGUGAAGACGAGGCUGCAGUCUCUGAGCAAAGGGACCAGUGAAGAGUCAUAUAAUGGGGUUAUGGACUGCAUCAAUAAAAUUAUGCAGAAAGAAGGACCUUCUGCCUUCCUGAAAGGAGCAGGCUGCAGAGCCCUGGUCAUUGCUCCUCUGUUUGGAAUUGCACAGGUUAUGUACUUUGUGGGGGUUGGAGAAUAUAUCCUUGAUAACUCACCUAUGAGACUGCUUAAUUGAAGUUGAAGCAUAAAAGAUGGCUGGCUAUGCAUGGGGAACAUUUGAGUCAACAACUCUACACCUGGCAGCUACCAUUGGUUUACACUUUUUAAAUUUAUUUAUUUCAUUAUGAUUUUUUUUUAAAGGUUGUUGGACUAUUUCGCAAACCUUCAGGAUUGUAAAACGUGUUUUUGUUUUUUUUACUGACAGCCUUGUUGCACUUGACAAUUGUGACUUAUUCAGUGGGCCAGGGCCAAUGUUUGCACUUGCAACAUUGGCCUUACCAGUUUGGGGGACCGGUUCCAGUGUUACUCUUAUGUCCCUAAAAUGGCCUAGUUCCAUUCCCUCCAUGAGGGAAAGCUGUAAACCUGUUAUAAAUGUAUGUCUACAUUUUUGUGUUGAAUUACUGAUUGAAGUGGCUUGCAAUACUUUUUUUGAAUGCGGUCUUUUAUAACAGACCUGCGAUAAAGGUGUUUGUUUUUUUUAAAAAACAAACAAAAAAAACCCACAUUAUUUAUUGCUGAGAGAUUUACUCUGACCUUUUACAGACAAUUUCAAGUUACUGUGAGUCUGACUGAUCAGAUCCUCCAUUAAUAUUGGGACCAUUCAAUAAGUGUUCUGUGUCCUCUUCAAUACUUGAUAUUGUUUUCUAGUAAUCUGAAAACUUGAUGCACCACCCUUUUGUUUGUUACAAAAUAUGUGUUCUAUAUGCAUACCAUUUGAUUAACUUGUGGUUUUUGCCUUAAGAGAUCUUGUUCUCCUGGCCAAACAUUCAUAACUUGCAUCAGAAGAUAUGUGAAAACUUUUAUUUGUAUAAAAGCUUUUUGUAUACUGUAAAUAAAAAUAUUAAUGUACAUAA